AUGUCCGACAUGAGUGUACAAAAUUCAGCCGAUGAAGAAAUCAAUGAUCAUUAUUCAUAUCGAAAAAAUGUGCAAAUGCAAAAAAAACCAAAAAUCACUAUGAAAGCUAAACCAAAAAAACAGAAAUUAAUAAUGGUCAACACAAGCGAUCAAAAUUCAGAUGAUGAAGAAAUUGAUGAACUUUAUAAUCAUCGGAAAAAUGGGCAAAUGCAGAAUUCUAAAAAACCUGAAACCGUAAUAAAACCUAAACCAAAAAAACAGAAAUUUCAGUCGCAUUUAUUAAAACUGGAACAAGAAUAUAAUGGUUUAACAACUAUGGUCAAUGAAAACUGCAUACGCGUAAAAAAAUCAGAUGGUGGAAAUUUUUGUAUCAAAAUACCCGAAAUGAAAACAGCAAGUGAUUAUUUGGUUAUUCAAAAAUACAAAACUUCGGACAUGGAAAAAGUAGAGUCAAAAGACAGAUGGAAAACCUCAACGUUCAACGCAAAAACUAUGCUGAACGAAAAAGAUAAAGCUGACAAUACAAUAAUAACAGCAUUUAAUAAUUUGCAAGAUUUAUUAAUGGAUAAAUUUAUGUGUAACAACAACAAAAAAAUU